AUGAGGGCGUCUAGGAUAGGAGCCCAGCUCCCUAUCGAGCUUAUCCUGCUUGCCGCCGAAUAUCUUGCACCUGCUGACCUGCUGUCUCUGUUAUAUGCGGCUCCUGGGCUCGCAUGCGUCCUAAGUUUUCAGCAUACCACGCUUCAGGACGAAGGAGGGAGGACGAUCCUACAUCUACUCGCGAUGGACGGCGAAUUGAUGAAGCUACUGCUCGGAAACUACAGUAUCAGGCCAGACCCGAAGGAUAAUUGUGGUCGGACGCCGUUAUCUUAUGCAGCUGGAGGUGGUAAUGAAGCAGUGGUCAGGUUAUUGCUGGACCAAAAUGUUGAGGCAGACUCAAAGGAUAAUGACGGGUUGACACCAUUAUCCUAUGCAGCUGGAGGUGGAUAUGAAACGGUGGUUAGGCUACUGCUGGACCGACAAGAUGUUGAGGCAGACUCGAAGGAUAACUCGGGUCGGACACCAUUGUUAUAUGCGGCGUGGCGCGGACAUGAAGCAGUGGUCAGGUUACUGCUGGACCAACAAGAUGUUCAGGUGGACUCUAAGGCUAACUGGGGUCGGACACCAUUAUCCUGUGCGACUGAAGGUGGACAUGAAGCGGUGGUCAGGCUACUGCUGGGCCGACAAGAUGUCCAGGCGGACUCGAAGGAUAAUUGUUGA